GAAAUUAUUCAAAAAAUCUGAACCACAUGACCAGCUUUUACUGAUUACUGAUGUACUCUUGUGUAAAACAGAAGCAGAGGAACAUCGCUUGCAUUUCACCCGGUAAACUCAAAUCAUGCAAGUAUUUGCACAACACACCUUAUUUUCAUUUCCUCCAGUAUUUAGUCUUGCAUUUUCACUCAUGCAACUGUUUAAUGUAGUUCAUUAAUUUGUUCAAACAGAUUUGAUAAAAUUAUUGCAAUAUGUGGAUUAAAUGAUAAAGAUAUACAUUAGAUUGUCUAGCAAAAGGAUUAAGAAAUGUACAUUGAACACUUUACAAUAUUUUUCUUCCUUCUGCUGUUCUUUUCCUCUCCAGAUGUGGGUUUAAUUUAAUAAUGUCAUUUCUGUAAGACAUAAAUCAAGAAGAAAUGUGAUGUGUGAGUAUAUCAACGCCUGUCUUGUCUCAUGUAAUUUGUUGCAUAUGAGGUAAACAGCCCACUUAUGUCUCACUGAAGUAUAUUCUUUGUGCAUCCGUCUGUACUUUAAUCUUUUCCAUCAAAUGAUUUGAGAUUUUCUUAUUUGAAUAUUUACUGUUAAUACGUGACUAUCAAUAUAACUGGUUCCCUAUUCAUUUAUUUAUUUGAAUGCAUGAAAGAUGCAUAUUUAAUGCGCAUUUACAUAUGCACGCUUACAUCUUUUAUAAAGAAUAAUAAUAAUAAUAAUAAUAAUUUCAAAGCUAUUUGCAACCUUUUCCCCUUUAAAUUCAUUGCAAAAGCUGUAGUACAUGCAAUAUUGCAUUGUUUUAUUUGCAUUAGAGCGGAUACAGACAAGCAAGCAGCGUACCGGUCUAUCAGGCGCUGUGUGUUUGUGCGCGAGUAUGUGUGUGUGUAAGACAGCGGCUCGCGAUGUCCACGCUCUCCACCACUGUCGGUGAUCCGAUAGUUGUGAAAAGCCACCACUAGUCGCCCCCAGUGCUCUUGCAGUCUCCAAUUUUCUUUCCCACUGUAGACUUAACGUCACGUCCGCACUUGAACUUGAAUUUUAUCCCAUUGUACUGAGGCAGCCCUCGCCACAGAGACACAGAGAGCUCCCGGAGAAGCAGGACUCCGCCAUCUUCACAGAGGGAGAAAAGGGAGGAAAAGAAGCUUCAUACAUUUGGAAAGGAGGUGGCAAGUCCAUGUCCCUGGUCUCAAGUGCGCAAAGCCGAAUUGGGGAGCAAGUGCAAAGAGUUGAAGAGAGUGCAAAGUAACCGGACAUCACAUGCACUUAUAGAGCCCAGGAGAGAAGAAGAACUGUCCAGUGCUUGGCACACGCAAGUGCCAACUCAAGGAGAAAUUGGAUUCGUUUCAUCCAGUCAAAUAAGCGCAGACCGGACGAAAAGAGAGCCACCAGAGGGUCCAACCUAUCCAAACGCACCUGCCAUCACGUUCUGAGACAUUUCCAGUGGUUUCUUCACAACUGUCACUCGUCAAGGAUAUUUUCGCCCUCGGACAGAUCGCGCUCGGCAUACAGCUGAAGUGCAUGUGUGUGUCGUUGAGGUACUGAGCGUCUGCGCGUCUCUGGUCAUCUGGAGAGCCGGAGCGCAAAUACACUUUCGCUUCUCUCACAUUCACGGGACCCCUAUCUGUAUCCACGGCCCGGAGCUGUGGCACUUCUUUGGAAGUCCCAGGAAAAGUUAGUUACCAAGGGGGGAAAAACCCACGGCACGGAAACGGAGGACAGAAGGCGCGAGCCGACUAUUCCUUGUGCGGGUCUCUGGGCGAUGCCAGUGUAAAUGCCAGGGCAAUGUCCCGUCGCAAGCAGGGAAACCCUCAGCAUUUGUCGCAGAGAGAAAUUAUAACACCGGAAGCUGAGCAUGUGGAUGCGAGACUGUCCGUGGCUGAUCUCCACUCUCACCCUCACCCACUGCUGGAUCCCAGCAUGCCUGGGCCUCUCCCUCCGGGCCUGGGCGACCACGACCUCCUAACCUGUGGCCAGUGCCAACUAACCUUCCCACUGGGGGACAUUCUGCUCUUCAUCGAGCACAAGAAAAAGCUAUGUCAGGGUUUGACAACCGGCCACAGCUGCUACGACAAGAUGAUGGACCGCAAUAGCCCCUCGCCGCCCCGUGCAGAGCUGAGGAAAGUGGUUGAACCGGUCGAAAUUGGAAUCCAGGUGACACCUGAAGAGGAGGAUGAGAGACUGUUGACACCCCCAAAAGGAAUGUGCCCCAAGCAAGAAAGUGGCCUGGCAGGUAGAGAUGAACCUUCAAGUUACAUAUGCACAACGUGCAAACAGCCCUUUACCAACGCCUGGUUCCUCCUGCAGCACGCUCAGAACAUGCAUGGGAUCCGCAUCUACUUGGAGACAAACCACUCAAAUACCUCCCUGACCCCACGGAUCACUAUUCCUCCCCCCAUUGGUUCAGAAUCCAUACCACAGUCCCCAUUAACCAACUUUUUAGGGGACAACAACCCCUUCCAUCUCCUACGGAUGACUGGGCCCCUACUUCGAGAGCCCCCACCAGGCUUUGUGGAUAACCGCCUGCCUAAUACGCCACCGUUUGUCAGCCCACCUCCUCGCCAUCACUUAGAUCCCCAUCGCCUAGAACGCCUUAGCAUAGAGGAAAUGGGUCUAAUCUCCCAGCAUCCCAGUGCCUUUGAGAGAGUGAUGCGCAUGACACCCAUGGCCAUCGAGUCCCAGUCCAUGGAUUUCUCCCGCCGACUUAGAGAGCUAGCUGGAAACAACAACUCCACUCCACCACUGUCACCAAGCCGUGCCAACCCUAUGCAUCGCCUCCUCAAUCCCAACCCCUUCCAGCCCAGCCCGAAGUCGCCCUUUCUAAGCACCCCUCCACUGCCUCCCAUGCCCCCUAACAGCACCACCCCGCCACAGACACAGGCCAAGACAAAGUCCUGUGAGUUCUGUGGCAAGACCUUCAAGUUUCAGAGUAAUCUGGUGGUUCAUCGGCGAAGCCACACAGGCGAGAAGCCCUACAAGUGCCAACUAUGUGACCAUGCCUGUUCUCAAGCUAGCAAACUGAAACGCCACAUGAAGACCCACAUGCACAAGUCUGGCUCUAUGACAGGGCGCUCUGACGAUGGCCUGUCCACCACCAGUUCACCUGAGCCAGGCACUAGUGACGUCACAGGAGAGGGUAUGAAGCACAGAGAUGGCGACUUUAGAGGUGAGGGCAUGGGCCCUGAAAAUGAAGAGGAGGAGGAAGAAGAAGAAGAGGAGGAACUAGAAAAUGAAAGCAGGCCUGAGUCAAACUUCAGCAUGGACUCUGAGUUCAGUCGGAAUAGGGAAAAUGGUUCAAAGCCACCUUCAGAUGAGAAGAACCUCCCUUUGGGGAAGAUGGUGGAAAAUGUAGGCCUCAGCUCCAUCCAGCAGUACAAUAACUUAAUAGUUGACAAUCGGAAAAGGCUUUUGUUCUCCAAAAGGAUGUCAGAAGGGCAGAGGGAUGCAGGUGACAACGAUUCAGUAGUGGGGGAAAUGGACCAAGUGGAGCGCGCAACUGUGAAUGGAAGGAACUGUGGCUCAAGCGACUCUUUCUCAGGCCUGUUUCCCCGCAAGCCCACUCCCAUCACCAGCCCCAGCCUCUCCAACUCCUCUAACAAGAGGAUCAAAAUCGAAAAGGAUUUGGACAUACCCCCAGCCCCCCUAAUCCCAUCUGAAAAUGUUUACUCCCAGUGGCUAGUGGGCUAUGCAGCAUCCCGCCACUUCAUCAAAGAUCCCUUUCUUGGCUUCAGCGAUUCCAGACAAUCUCCAUUUGCCACCUCCUCGGAGCACUCUUCCGAGAACGGCAGCCUGCGAUUCUCCACGCCGCCAGGGGACCUGCUGGACGGGGGCCUCUCCGGCCGCAGUGGUACCGCUAGUGGAGGCAGCACCCCACACUUGGGUGGGGGGCAAGGCAGGCCCAGCUCAAAAGAAAGCAGGAGGAGUGACACUUGUGAGUACUGUGGGAAGGUGUUCAAGAACUGUAGCAAUCUGACAGUGCACAGACGCAGCCACACAGGCGAGAGGCCCUACAAGUGUGAGCUUUGCAACUACGCCUGCGCCCAGAGCAGCAAGCUCACCCGCCACAUGAAGACACACGGCCAGCUCGGUAAGGAAGUGUACCGCUGUGACAUUUGCCAAAUGCCCUUCAGCGUCUACAGCACGCUUGAGAAACACAUGAAAAAGUGGCAUGGGGAACACUUGAUGACGAAUGAGGUCAAAAUUGAACAAGCAGAGAGAAGCUAAGCCAGAUUUCCUUUUUUGCCUCACAAUUCCUUGAUUAUAAAAGGGGUAGCUGGAUACUCUGUUUUUUUUUUGUUUUUUGCUUUUUUGUUUGUUUGAUCUUUCAGAUUAAUGGUUUGAGUUAGUUUUGUCCUAAGAAACUGCCGUCUGAGAAUGAUAAAGACAUUGAAGAAGAGGAAAUUAUUAUUUUUUUUUUAUUAAUUUGAAGCUGGUAUGUCACCUAUCUAUUUGUGGAUACAUUAGACAACAUUUUAUAAGGAGCCUUUAACUGUGCAAUAAUUUCUGUAUUUAUUGGAUUUUUUAUGUUUUGACAUAUGCAGGUUCAUUUUUCUUUUCUUUUUUUAUUCCAUUAUGUUAUGAUUUAUUUCAAAUGCUGAGAUUUUGUUUAAACUCAAAAGACAUACUGAGAUUUUUUGUUUGUUUGUUUUUAGCAAAACAGAGUAUCAUUUGAGAAAUCCACAGGCCGCUGCUUACGAUGUAGAUUAUUUAAGCUACACAUGUAAUUUCUUGAAGAGAAGCCGCAUUCAAUCUUCAAAUUUUGAAAGCUCAAUUGAGAAAGCUUUGUCUUUCUUUUGUUUUCCUUUUUUGUUUAUUAUUCAUACUUACAAAACGAGCGGACAACAAUCCUUAGACCUUGUAGCAUGAACUGAUUUUAAACAUGUCAAUCUAAUUGGGAAUGUGGCACUGAAUAUCAGUUCUAACAAUAUAUCUAAAGAGGACUAUGGGGCUGAAAACCUCCAUCUACCCGAAAGGAGACUAUAAAAACAGACAAAAGUCAAGGCAGCUGCUUAUCGGUACCUAGUACCGACCCAGACAACGCUAGUCAUAGGAUGGAUUGUGUUUUAGGUCUCACUAGGUCUCAAUAGGGAAUUUUAAUUGCCAGCACCCUUUCCAUAGACACUGCACUUAAUCAAACCAUUUGAUUUAGCUGAAGAGCACAACAGUGGUAGAAGGAAGAUGGCUUUUAAACAACUCAGGGUGAGCUGUAUAGCUACUUCUGCCAAGUCUGCUAUAUGAUCUCAGCCGUCUUCUCUGAUAAAGCAGUCCGGUACUCUGGUUCAGCUAAUUCACAACCUUCGCCUUCACACUUCAUAUUACACUGCCAACCACCCCUAAAUGUCAUGAAUCAACUCCAUCUUUCCCAUAAAAGUGGCUUGUCAUACUACAGCGUUAAGUUAAGGGGACAGACAUCUAUGCCAGAGGAUGAAGCAGAUUUCAUACACUAGGAGAGUGAUUUAAUCACACACACACACACACACACACACACACACACACACACAGAGACAGGAAAAGAAAGAGAGAGAAGGGUCUUUACAGUCCAAUUCAGGUUAGUAAACCUAAAAGCACAUUAGUCCAAAGCAAGGCAGCACCACUGUUCUGUUUCCAUUGACUGACAUUUAAAUCUAAAUAUUGUUCAUUUGUUUUCAGUUAUGUUGCUUCAUUUUUGGGUAUUAGGGUCUGCAGUUCUAGAGGGAGUCACCACUUUAACCAGAUUAGAUUAGAAUUAAUUCAAUUAUAUGUUCAGCAAUGUUGUCAUUCUAUUAGAACGUUUCUUAAAUCGCUUGAAACAGCCCUAUGCAUUUUUGUACAUAUAUAUAUUUAUAUAUACAUAUAUAUAUAUAUUUAUCAAUCAUUUUGAGAAACAAAUUUUUACUGCAGAGUAAAUCUGAUUAUAGUUAAAAAUGUGUAUGAUAUUGAUUUAUCUGGUUAAUCUGGUCAUGUCCCGUGUGUCAGAGCCAUCAGCAGGUAUGCAGAUUAGUCAAUUGCACAGUAAAGAGUGUAUGUCAUGACCUGUUGAGCAUGUGCUAAAACAGUAAGACAAUUUUUUUCUUUCUUUCUUCUCAUUCAGGACUCCCUGUGAUGUGUAGUUGAACGCAUUCUCAGAAGUAGCAACACGCUUACAGAAUGCACAGCUGAAUUUUCCCUUUUCUUUUCUCUUCUAUCCAACUGAUUUAUUGGCAGUAAAACAGCCUUCUUUCGACAAGAUGCCCUAACCAGCGCAAACGAUUGAAGCGAGGGAAUAUUGUGGUUUAAAAAGUGCAAAGCAAACUAAUGAAAUAGAAAGAGAGAGAGAGAGAGAAAAGUAAACAUACACAGCUCUUCGCAGUUGACCCGCACUUUAUUAUUUUGAUUUACAUAUUUGAAAACAUAGUGAAAACGGCUUCUGAGCAAGAAAUUAUGUUAAAAUAUGAAUUUAUUGGGCCUUGCUAGAGGGAGCAUCUGAGAUUGAAGUGCCAGUGUUGAUAGGCUUGGCUUUCACAAUGCUGGCACUAUAAAAAUGAAAUUAAUUUAUUUGGACAGUUUUUGUACUGCCAUUCAAUUUGACAUGAGUGUGCCUUGAAUACUGAUCUUCCUAUUUAUUGUCUUAUAAGACAAAUGCAACACUUUUGUGAAGCAAAGAAUUGAAAAAAAAUGUGGUUUUAAUCUGCUUCUAAAAGAAUAAUGCUAAAAACAGAUACGUCAUUUAAAGAACUAAGUUGAUCUAAAAUGUAAAGUAGCCAGCAUAAUACUAAUGUGUGUCUAUGUGUGUAUAUAUGUAUUCAUAUGUACAUAUAACAGCACAAAAACACACACAAUAGACAAAUAUAAAUAUAAAUAUAGAUAUGUACAAUUUUUCACUUCAGGACAAGACUGCAACCCUUGAAAAUAAUGGACGAUUCUUUUGCUACAACUAGUCAAGGAAGAGGCUGGAAUAAAAAUCAGGAACUGCAGAAACGUGUAAAAAAACAAACAAAAAAAGUAAAACGUUUAGUGCACUCUGUCUUAAAAUACGUUUACAGUAUUGAAACAAGUACAAGGUUAAAAUGAUAUUUCUGUGUAUGUGUGUUUUAAACAAACAAGAAUUUUCCUUUUCUUUUCUUUUUCUUUUUUUUGUUAUCAAGUUUGCUUAUAAAGUUUCUCUGAAUGCCAUAGUGGCGUGUGUAUAUUGGUUUUUGGUGACAGGAUUUUAAGUAUAUAUAUACAUAUGACAUUUCUGUUGUUUACUGUAAAAGUAUACCAGUAUUUGUAAUAUUGGAGAAUACCUGGGCAUUUUACAAAAAAAUUAUAUAAAAAAAAAAAAAAAAGGAGGAAAUAUGAAAAACCUUCCCCCCCUAAUUAUCAUUUCUUUCUGUUUUUUUCUUUUCUUUUCUUUCUUUUUUUAAACCAAGUUUUGUUUUACAGUCCAAUUUAAAUUGUGGGUCUUUAAAAUGUUUUGUCACUGUAACUGUAAAAGUCCUGAGUUUUAGUAACUUUUCUGCCUUGGGUGUAAGAAAAUAAAGAUUCAAUUAAUCAAAAGAGAAUUGUAAUGGGGCCAGCGACAUUUACGUAUGGAAAGAUUAUCACAGGAAAAAUACUGAGGUUCCUGUCAUGUAUGUCUUUCUGGUUUCUUCUUUGGUAAUGGGUUUUCUUAAUGGCUGGAACGAAAUACAUGUGUAGGCACUAUGAUGUGUUUAUGUGUGUGUGUAUAUAUAUAUAUAUAUAUAUAUAUAUAUAUAUAUAUAUAUAUAUAUAUAUAUAUAUAUAUACUGCAUAUGUACACACAUUUGGCAGGAUACAAUUGUGAAAAUUGAAUUAAAAAUGUACAGAUGAGUUUAAGGUGAGGUUGUUUGACCUUUUACUGUAGCUACAUAUAAAACAGUAAAUGUUUUGUUCACUCUUAUCUUGGUUGUAAAUAAUUUUUAUAUGCUUGCCCAGACUUUUUCUUUCUCUCUCUCUCUCUCUCUCUCUCUCUCUCUCUCUCUCUCGAUCUUUUUUAUUUUUUUUAUUUGUGUGAUCUGGUUGCAGUGUGUCUUUUUUAAUUUCAUUAUUUUUUUAUUUAUUUAUUUUUUUAUAAAAAACAAAGCCCCUUUCUGUCCUCUGAUUUUUGGGGUGUAGUACCUCAUUUCUGGGGCCUGUAAAGUUCAGGUUUUUUUUAAGCAUGAGAAGAAUAGAGCACAAAUACAAGAUGUUUUAGUUGUCCAAGACUUUAUUGUGUCAUAAUUUUCUGUUCAGGAAGUAAAGAAAAAGGUCUGGAAAUUUUGGAUGGUCUUUCUCUCUCUUGUCUGUACCCUUCCCUCUGCACGCACACAUACACACACACACACAUACACACACACACACAGGAAACAGGCUCGCUCAUAAUGUCUAAAAUAAUCGACAUAGGGGACUUUCAAAUGUGUAGGUAAUAUGAUAGCCGAGCCAAAUCUCGCUGUAUAUGAUCUCUUCAAUUGUGUGCAAUUCACAUCAAAGCUUUUUGCCUUCAACCAAUGGCUACAAUUAAAGUCAUUAAGAGCUACUAAAACUGACCACACUCAUACAGACACGAAUCAAUCAACCUGACCCACCAUAUGUACUUUCAAACCCUUUCCCAGAGUGUAUUAACUUCUGCCAUUUGCAUCUAAAUAAGAUGUGGCACUUUGUGGAGGUCAGAGAGCUCUGUAUGACUGUUUGUCCACUCAUUUAUACAGUACGUUCAUCUCAGACUGACAGUUAUGUUCACUUGUGUUAUACUAGUUGGUUUUGAAAGCCACCCUUCUGUGUAUAUUUUAGUCUUUUUUUCCUCCCGUAUUUCUUCCAAGCAUUAAACGCUGAUACCCCUUGUUUGGACUGAGGCAACUUUGGUAUGCAGGUCUUGAAUAAAAAACAAACAAAAAAAGAAAAUAA